AACAGUGUGGUCAAUGAGGUAUGGCGCUAGAAUCGAGGAUAAACAUAAAAUAUACAAAAAGAAAAAAAAAAUAAAAAAAAAUACAAAAAUAACAACACUAGGAAGCUUCAGCAUCGUUGCGGAAGACACAUACGUAAUUUGGUAAAGCAAGUGGUCUGAAAAAUAACUCAAACUUCUCUUUCUUUCUUUCUUUGUUUUUUUUGCUUAAACAAACUUCUCUUUCUUUGCUGCUUAAUUUGGUAGUUUUAUUCAUUUUUCUGCUGUUCUGGUGGCACAACAAGAUCAAACAAAAUAUAUAUGGCAACCGAACUAGUUGUUGGUCCUUUGCUCUCUGCUUCAAUUCAAGUAUUGUUCGAGAGGAUUUCUUCGUGGGAGGUCAUUGACUUUUUCAAGCGAAAGAAGCUCAGUGGUCAACUCCUCAACAAGAUAAAGAUGAAGUUGUCUUCAGCUAACAUAGUUCUGAAUGAUGCUGAAGAGCAGCAGAUGAGAAACCCAGAAGUGAAAAAGUGGCUUGAUGAACUCAAAGAAGUGAUUUAUAAUGCAGAGUACAUGGUUGAUAAGAUCAACAACAAAGCUAUGAGAAGCAAACUUGAUGGUCAAUCUGCUUCACAAAAGGUACGAAACUUUGUCUCAGCUAAGUUUACUGCUAGAAAAAUAGAGCAAAAGAUGGGAGAGAUUCUUGAUAGAUUGGAAUAUAUUGUUAGACUGAAAGAUGAUCUUGGUUUGAAAGAGGGUGUUCAAAAUAGGCCUUUUCAGAGAUUACCUGCAACUUCUUUGUUAGAAGAAUAUGGGGUUUACGGUAGGAAUUCUGAUAAGGAAGCCAUUAUCAAGUUGUUAUUAUCGGAUGAAAUUAGUGGCAACAAGAUAUCUGUAAUUCCAAUAGUUGGGAUGGGUGGAGUUGGGAAAACUACCCUUGCUCAACUCGUUUAUAAGGAUAUCGAUGAUAGGGUCAUGAAUAAACCUUUUGAUUUCAAAACGUGGGUUUCUGUUUCAGAUGAAUUUGAUGUUUUCAAAAUAACAAAGUUGAUUGCAGAAAGAGUUACAUCCCAAAUAAUUGAGGUCAAAGAUCUUGAUGUGCUUCAAGUUACAUUGGAGGAAGCUUUGAAAGGGAAAAAGUUUCUUUUUAUUUUAGAUGAUGUUUGGAAUGAGGAUUAUUUCCUAUGGGAGGAGUUGAAGAAGCCUUUUAAAUCUGGAGAAUAUGGAAGCAAAAUCAUUGUAACGACGCGAAAUGAAAGUGUUGCUUCAGUUAUGCGUAAUGUUCCAUCCUAUAAGCUGCAUACUAUGUCGGAUGAGAAUUGUUGGGAACUAUUUGUAAGGCAUGCCUUCCACAAUGAAGAUCCAUGUGCCUAUCCAAAAUUAGAUGUAAUUGGUAGGCAGAUUGUUAAAAAGUGCAAAGGUCUUCCUUUAGCAGUGAAAUCACUAGGUAGUCUUUUACGCCAUCAACGAAAUCCAAAGGAAUGGGAGAAGAUAUUGACUAGUGAUACGUGGGAGUUGCCCAAGGAGAAAAACAACAUUCUGCCAGCUUUAUGGUUGAGCUAUCACUAUCUACCUUCACAUCUUAAGCGGUGUUUUGCUUAUUGCUCAAUUUUCCCCAAGGAUUAUGAAAUCAAUAAAGAAGAUCUAAUCAAGUUGUGGAUGGCUGAAAAUCUGUUACAACCUCAAAGAAACAAAAGAAUAGAAGAAGUUGGAGAAGAAUACUUCGACCAUCUAUUAUCAAGAUCAUUUUUUCAACAGUCGUUAAGUUUGGAUAAGUCGGUUUGUUAUGUCAUGCAUGAUCUUGUGAUCGAUUUAGCUACAUUUAUAGUUGGAGAAUUUUGUUUGAGGUUUGAUGAUAGCAACUUGGAUAAGGUGCUAAGCAAGAUUCUUCAUGUGUCACAUGUGAAAGAAAACAUACUUGACAUGAACAAGUAUGAGUCUUUAUGUGGAGCUAAGCGACUGCAGACCUUAUUCUUAUCAUCAAAGUAUGCUUCUCCCUAUAAUUACAUAGCAUCAAAGAACAUGGUGAUGUCAAAAUUAUUGCCAACAUUACCAUGCUUAAGAGUGUUAUCUUUACGUAGAUGUCUUAUUCAAGAGUUGCCAAAGUCAAUUGGGAAUUUGAAGUUCCUAAAGUACUUAAAUUUAUCUGAGACUAUAAUUGAAGAGAUGCCUAAUACAGUUUGCACUCUGUAUAAUUUGCAGACCCUACUUUUGAAGGGAUGUGAAAAGCUUAGGCAGCUGCCAACCAACAUGGGAAGGCUAAUCAAUUUGCGUCAUCUAGACAUUACAUCAACAGGCUUAGUAGAGUUGCCACACCAAAUUGGUAAAUUGAAAGAUUUGCAGACAUUAACAGAUUUCAUUUUGGGUAAAGGUAGUACCGGUUCUACCUUGAAGGAGUUAGAAGAUCUUCAACUUUUGCAUGGAAUACUUCGAAUUUCAAGGCUUGAAAAUGUUGUUGAUGUUGCAGACACCUUGAUGGGAAAUUUGAAGGACAAGAAGUUCUUGACUGAAUUGCAGUUCUUUUGGGAUUCUAAUUCUGAAGAAUCCACUGAAAAUCACAAAGACGUACUUAAUGGGCUGCAACCCCACACAAAUAUAAAAGUGCUCCAAAUCAACUCUUACAGAGGUGAACAAUUUCCAAAAUGGGUGGGAGAUAAUUCAUUUUGUAACAUAGAACAGAUCCACUUGGAAGGAUGCAAGAAAUGUUGUUUCUUGCCACCACUAGGACAGCUACCAUUUCUCAAGAAACUCUGUAUCAUAGAAUUUGAUGAAUUGGUGAAAAUAGGAAAUGAGUUUUGUCAUGCUGGUUCUUCCAUGGCUAAGCCUUUUAGAAGCUUAGAAUUCUUAAAGUUUCGCCACAUGCGGGAAUGGCAAGAGUGGUCGUUUAUUGGAGAAGACAGAGUUGUUUUCCCUAAUCUUAAAGAGCUUUAUUUAGAAGGUUGUCCAAAGCUAACUGGAAAUCUUUGCUUACUUGAUACAAUAGAAAGCAUCAGACUUAGUGGAUGCCAUAAUUUAGAUUUCCCAGGAAUUCAUUGCUAUGCAUCCCUUAAAAGGUUGAAAAUCUCUGAUAGUUGUGAUUCUAUGAAGUCUAUUCUAUUGGACUACUUUCCAAAGCUUAAUGAGCUUGAUCUGGACUACUGUGUGAACCUGGAGUCCUUUGAAUUUUCACAAUCACCUAGGCCUGCACUUCACUCUUUGAGAUGCUUCAAGUUAACAACUUGCCCAAAGUUUGUCUCUUUUCCACAAGGAGGAUUGGCUGCUCCCAACAUGGAUGAGUUUCACAUUGAAGAUUGCAAAAAUUUUAGGUCAUUGCCUGAAAACAUGAACACCCUUCUUCCAUCUCUUCAGUCGAUAUCUCUAAUUAGUUGUCCGGAGCUUGUUUCAUUUCCAGAAUGUGGAUUGCCACCAGGUAUAAAUAAACUCAAGGUUUACUGGUGCAAUAAGCUUUUCACCAACCGCUUUCAGUGGGAUUUGCAAAGACUCAAUUCUCUUACGUUCUUGGAGAUUAUUGGCAUAGAUGAAGAGUUAACUUCAUUUCCAGAGGAGGGGUUGUUUCCAAUCACUCUGGUCGAUCUCCAUAUCAGAUAUCUUCCUCACCUUAAAUCUCUGAAUGGAAAAGCCUUACAACAACUGGAUUCCCUCAAGCACUUGUCAAUCUCUUGCUGCAAUGAGCUUCAGCUGUUGCCUGAAGAAGGGUUGCCAAAAUCUCUCUCUGAUUUGAUAAUCUUUCAAUGUGCUUGGCUAGAAAGACGUUGCCAGAGAGACACAGGGGAAGAUUGGUCUAAGAUUGUUCACAUCCCUCGUGUGAUAUUCAUUUAAGAGUUCUUCUGUCCUGUUCUUGUUGGUUCUCAUGGUUUGAAGAGUUUGACUGCUUCAUGAGUUUGCCACAAGUGCUCUUGUUGUUCUUUUGCCUUGAAAAGUUUAUGGAUGAGGCAUCCUUAAAGCAGAGGAUCAUUUAGUAACUUGUAUAUAUAUGUAUUUUUUUUUUUUUUUGUUAGAAAUCAUGAUAUAUAUUCUUGUAUUUGAAUCUGAUAUUUUUUUAUGUGAGUAGGGUGAAUAGUUUUUAUCUUUGUAAUUGUGCACAUUCGGUUUUGUAGUUAUGAAAUGGAUAGUAAGAUUCUGUUUUGUGUUCCAUGAUUUGUGAUAAUUUAUUUCCUUGGAUAUAAAUCUUUCUGUAGUUAUGCA